AAAAAAAGAAUCUAUGUACAAAACCGCGGGAAAUGGAAGUGGCUGAGUAUUUGAAGAGGAGGAUAUCCACAACUUUUAAACUCCAUGGGUUCUCUUUACGAAGUGAUGCUUGCAACCUGCUGGUUAAUCAGCUGUUGCCACUUGAGGAAUCAGAAUAUGAUGAAUGGCUUGAGAAGCUGACAGAACACAUCCAGAAACAAUCUCUUAUAAAUGCAGUAGUGGAGAAACACCACAUUGAAUCAGCAAUUCAGGAUUGCAUUAGAAGUGGCUUGGAUGAAACUGAAACAAUUUUUAAUGUUAUUAGUGCAUUUGAAGUGCCUUAUUUUAAAUAUCAUUCUGAGAGAAAAAAAUUUUUGAAGGUAGAUAUUGGCAGUAACCAUGCUGCAACACCACAUCUCUUUGACUUGCCAUCAGCAAAAGCCAACCUCUUCAGGGACAGGUAUGCUAUUAUCUAUCAGCGUACCCAACGACAUGAACUGUUUACUCCAGCCAUAAUGGGUACAGAUUCGGAUGAUGCUGACCACAAAUUCAAGCUGCAACCUAUAGAAUUCCUUCUGAGUUCUUCAGGAAAAGUGACGGAAGCAAUCGUUCUAGGCCUCCUUACACAGCUGCGUGAGGGAUGCUAUUAUCUAGAGGACCCUACAGGGAUUGUGCAAUUAGACCUGUCAGAAGCAAUAUAUCACACAGGCCUUCACACAGAAAAUUGUUUUGUACUGGCUGAAGGAUGUUAUGAAGAUAAACUGUUUUAUGUUUCUGGUAUGGGGUUCCCUCCACCAGAACCCUCAGAUACUAGUCGAGCAUAUUUUGGAAAUGUGAACACUUUUGGAGGUCCUUCAAAAGUUAGUCUGAAAACUUCUGCAGAACUGUCACGAUAUGAACUUGAGAAUGAUGACAGUGUGCUGGUGUUUCUAGCAGAUGUGUGGCUGGACAGUGUUAAGGUAAUGGAAAAGCUUCGAGUACUCUUUGCAGGUUAUGCUGAUUGUCCACCAGUUGCUUUUGUGUUUAUGGGCAACUUUUUAUCAUCACAACAAGGCAGCUCACAUGCAGCCACCCUGAAAACAAGAUUUAAAGCCCUGGGUGACCUCAUUGCUCAGUUCUCAGAAUUGGCUAAGAAAAGCAAGUUCAUAUUCAUGCCAGGACCUUCUGACCCUGCAUCCCCCAACAUAUUACCCAGGAUGCCCUUACCUAAAAUAAUCACAGAAGAGUUCCAGCGAAAAGUUCCAUCAUCCAUUUUUACUUCAAAUCCUUGCCGCAUUCAGUAUUGCACACAAGAGAUUGUAGUCAUAAGGGAAGAUCUUGUUACAAAGAUGUGUCGCAACACAAUCCACUUCCCCACUUCAGGAGAAAUUCCAGAGCAUUUUGCGAAGACAGUCUUAUGCCAAGCUCAUCUGGCACCACUGCCAAUUUCUGUGUGUCCAGUAUAUUGGUCAUUUGACAGAGCACUGCAUCUUUAUCCUCUUCCUGACCUUGUUGUCAUAGCAGACCAAAGCAGUGCAUUCACCACCACUUAUAUGGACUGCCAUGUCAUGAACCCAGGCUCCUUCCCAAAGAACGACUUUUCUUUUAAAAUUUAUAUACCUGCUGCACGGCGAAUAGAAGACAGUCAGAUUCCAAAUGACUAACAUAAAAAUCUCAUUUUCUGUAUCUGUUAAGAUGUCUAUUCCAAUGCAACCGUUAUGAAGUCUUAAGGAAUUUAUUUUCAUACCAUAAUUCCCUAAGGGCAAUGCAUCAAGCAUUAAACAAUCUUCAGAAUAAUCCAUUUUCUUUUUUAUGUAAAUAAAAUGAAACAGUUCAAUAUAAUCUGUUUUGUUUCUGGAAAAAGGAAGGCAUACCUGAUCAGUGACAGAACCAUCAAUAUCUACCAUAAAAUGCUAGAGGUAGUAUCAUGAGAGUGUGAUGGAUGGAAAGAAUGUACAUGGGUGGGUGCAUAAAUUCCAGGAAGGAUGAGAAUCAUGUGACACAGAAAUGUCUAUGAAGGAUACAAUGCAUAUGUUUUGAAAGCAACACUGCCCAUGUUGAAGCUCAGGUCAUGGAGAAAAUAUGAAUAACAAUGGUCAAAUGAACACUAUUAAAUCAAGAUAUUUCCAGGUCAUGCAUACAGUUUUGCAAUAAGACCUCAGAAUGAGUAUGAAGAUGGUUGUCUUCUGGGUUGUAGCACCACAUAGUCUGGUAGAAGUUUACCAAUGUUUCAUAGGUUCUUGCUGCCUCUAUUAUCAGGGAAAAUAUAACAGAGACAGCAACUUCUACCAGACUACAUGGUACUACAACCCAGAAGACUUCUGACUGAAAACCUGUACUGCAAAAUUCAACUUCCUUAUUUAGAAAUGGUGCAGCUGUAUAUGUUCCUAGGAAUUUAUAUUAGCAUACCAGUUCUAAGGUAAAUGUCACAAUGGUUCACAAAGUAAAACAUUUCCCUUUCGUUGUUUCCAAUGUGCACCAGAAUAUAACAGGAUAUGAAAUACACUGGACCUGAGGAAAGAAGUUAACGAUCUUCACCCACUGAACUACACUACACUUUAAUCACAUGUAACUUACAUGACAGAAAUAAUUAAACAGGAAAACAACUGUCUUUAUUCCAAAAAGAAGAGAGAAAGAUGUUAUUUAUUAGAAAGUACAUGUGGAACAUAGCUCUGAAUACUCAGACUUGCCGAGUCUAUUUUCCGAGUAUGUCUUAAAAUUAGUGUAAUAUGAAUUCACACUAAAACACUUAUUAGGCUGAAAACUACUUGCCCAUGGCAUUCAACAUUCUGGACCACUACAUUAUAUAAGUGAAUACUGGUGCCAGAUUGUUACAAGAUACACAGUAAAAAGAAUUAUUCAAAUAAAGUUGGUUCUAAGCACUGUA